AUGGUAAACUCUCCUAUCCCCCAUUACGUCCUAGCAACUGCCCUUUCCUAUAUCUUCAUUCUUACAGUUGAAGAAAAGAAAGCAAUGCAGUCGUUCAACACUUCACUAUUAACUACAGACUUUUUCUUGAAUGGUUUCUCUGGAUUUGAAGUUUAUUAUCACUGGCUUUCCCUUGUCUUUAUUAUUAUAUUUUCUUUCGCUAUUAUAGGAAAUACUACAGUAAUAUGUGUCAUAAAACUUGAGCAAAAUCUCCACAGUCCGAUGUAUAUUUUCCUUUGUGUUCUGUCCGUUAUUGACAUUGGUGUAUGUGUUUCCACAAUACCGAAGAUUCUACAGAUUGUUUUGUUUAAUGUCCACGCUAUCUCCUUUCACGCUUGCUUUUUCCAAAUGUUCAUCGUUCUGUGUCUGAGUGCGAUGGAGUCCGGUGUACUGGCCGUGAUGGCUUAUGACCGUUAUGUUGCCAUCUGCAAUCCUUUACGUUACACCUCCAUCCUUACGCCUGUUAAUAUUGUCAAAAUACUACUUGUGGUUUUUCUCCGAUGUAUUAUUUUAACUGCCAUAUUCCCUGUCCUGGCGUCAAGGUUGCCUUACUGCUCAAAUUCUGUCCAUCAGUGCUACUGUGAUCAUAUUCCCGUAGUGAGGCUGUCCUGUGCGGAUAUCACAUUGAAUAAUAUUUACGGGCUUUUCGUUGCCUUCUUGGUGGUUGGUAUGGACCUUGUGUAUAUUUCAUUUACUUAUGUUAUGAUUAUUAGAACUGUGUUCAAACUGGCAUCCAGAACAGCGCGUGUCAAGGCUGUCAGUACUUGUGGCCCUCAUUUUGUUGUCAUUUUGUAUAGUUACACAAGCUCUUUGUGUACAUAUUUAUUUAACAGGUUUGGACAAAAUCAGUCUGAACAGGUACGAGAGGUGUUAAAUUAUAAAGAGGAAUUUUCAUGA